AUGGGAAGAACUACAGGUAGUUUAAACAAAAUUAAAAAACCUUCAUUAAAACCAUCAAAUGCAUAUGAAGAGACAAAUAAUUCAAUUGUUAGAGGAAUUCCAUGGAAAGAUCAUGAAAAAGAAUAUAUAAGAGUUUUAAUAUCAACAAAUAAAAAAACUAAUAUUGAAACAAUUUCUGAAGAAUUGUAUCCAAAAAUAAAAGAUAUCUAUAAACAUUAUAAUGUUACACUUAAAUUAGUUGAAUCAAUAAUUAAAGAAAUAACAUCAGAAAUGCAAUCAGAGAAAAUGUAUAAACACAAUAGUGAGGCAAGAAAUAUCAAUAAUAAUAAAAGUGAUACAAAUGUCCAUAGUUAUAAUGGUUUUUCAAAUCACAAAGAUUCAUAUAAUAAAAUAAAUAAUAGUUUCAACACAGAUAAAAAUAAUAAUACUAAUAAUAAUAGUAAUAAUAAAAAUAAUAAUAAUUAUAAAAAAAAUAAAAAAAAUAAAAAUAAUAAAAAAAAAUCAUCAAAUGAUCAUUCAAUUACAAAUGAAAGUACUCUACACAAGAAAAAAAAUAAUGUUGAAAAUGAAAUGUCAGAUUUCAAAGAUUCAGUUCGAAGCCAUCUAAACGACCUUGAAUCAAAAAUUUCAAAUGUACUCCUUUGCCAAGCAGGUAUUGAUCUCAAAAGUCCAAAUAAAAGAUAUCUUAAUGAACCACCUUUUGUCCAUCAUGAACAUUUUUAUCAUUCAUCUAAAAAAAAUAAAAUAAUGGAUGAAAAAGAUGUUAGUAAAAGACCAAAAACAUAUGUAUUGAAAUCAUUUGGUUAUGAUAUUCCUUUUUCAAUUAUCAAUGAUUAUAGAAAAAAUGACCGUAUUACAGUUGUUAUUCCAUUGUUGCACCAUGGUGGUUAUUAUGAAAGAACAGACAGCAAAAGCAUACAUGAUGAUUUUAUUCCUGGCAAACCAUGGAUAAAACCAAUUUCAGCUGGUGUUGAAAAUGGUGUUUUGGUUCUUGAUAUCGAGCUAUUGUCCAUUUCAGUUAAAAAGUGCCGUAGUGAAUAUGCCAACGAAUUACAAUUUGAUGAAAAUGAAACCUACAAACCAAAAACAAUAAGAAUCAAACUUCCAGAUGAAUAUACAUAUAAAGCAGCUGUUGAUACCUGUUAUUGUAAUGGCCAUAAAUACCAAAGCAAUUCAAGUUUUUUAAUUUAUGAUUGCAAAAUCUUUCUUGAAAAUUCAAAAUAA